AUGCCGCCGCCGCCGCUGCUGGGCCUGCUGCUGCUGCCGCUGCUGCCGUCGGGGCCCGGCGCGGCCGUCGCCCAGGAGCCCGCGGCGUCGUGCGGGCCGGACGGCUGCUACGCCGUCUUCUUGCAGCGCCGCGGCUUCCUGGACGCGUGGCGCAGCUGCCGGGAGCUGGGCGGCAACCUGGCCACGGUGAAGCACCAGGACGAGGCGGCGCAGGUGGGCGAGCUGCUGCGGGCCGGCGCCGGCGAGCAGGCCAGCCCGCGCCUCUUCUGGCUGGGCCUGCAGCGCCAGCCGCGCCAGUGCUUCCCGCUGCGGCCGCUGCGGGGCUUCGUGUGGGUCACGGGCGAGCAGGACACCUUCUACACCAACUGGGCCCGGCCGGCCGUCGAGGCGGGCGGCGGCGGGGGCGGCGGCGGGAGCUGCGCGGCGCAGCGCUGCGUGGUGCUGGAGGAGCGGCAGGGCCAGUGGCUGGAGGGCUCGUGCACCGUGCCGGUGGACGGCUACGUGUGCCGCUUCGCCUUCCAGGGCAUGUGCCCGGGCCUGGACGAGGAGGGCGGCCCGGUGAGCUACGCCACCCCCUUCGGCCCGGCGGGCGGCCGCCUGCGCUACGUGCCCUUCGGGACGGUGGCGGCGGUGGCGUGCGGCGGGGCCGGGCCGGCCGUGUCGGUGCUGUGCAUGCAGACGGACGACGGCGCGGUGGGCUGGUCCAAGGGGGCGCCGCUGUGCCGGCAGCACGCCUACCCGCACAGCUGGUGCGAGGGCGACAACGGCGGCUGCCAGCAGCUGUGCCUGGACGAGGGCCCCGGCUACUCCUGCGAGUGCCACCGCGGCUACCUGCUGAUGGCCGACGGGCACUCGUGCGCGCCCAGCGACGCCUGCCGGGACCAGCCCUGCCAGUUCGAGUGCGUGCCCGACGAGGAGGGCGGCUACCAGUGCCGGUGCCCCGAGGGCUACGAGCUGGCCGGCGACGACCAGCACUGCGAGGACGCCGACGAGUGCGCCGACGCGCCCUGCGAGCACCAGUGCGAGAACGCCGACGGCUCCUACCUGUGCCGCUGCAACCUGGGCUUCAGCCUCUCCGACGACGAGCCGGGGCGCUGCGCCGACACCGACGAGUGCCAGAUCCCCGGCGUGUGCCAGCAGAUGUGCGUCAACUACGUGGGGGGCUUCGAGUGCUACUGCACCGAAGGCUACGACCUGGAGCCCGACGGCAUCAGCUGCAGCCCCGUCGGCCUGCCGCCCCCCCUGGCCACCGCCCGCAGCCCCCGCGGGGGCGGCUUCCGCCAGGGGUCGCCCCGGGACGGCUUGGCCCUGGCCGACCGCUUCCCGGCCUUCCGGGACGACCCUCCGCCCGCCUCCCUCCCCCCGGAGCCCAGCGCUGCCCCCGCGGCCCCCCGCUCCCCUCCCUCGGGACGCCGGCCCGCCCCGCGAGAGCCGGCCGGGGCCCCCGAUCCCACGAGCCCCGCUUCCUCCCCGCCUCCCGCCCCCCGCUCCCCCCAGACAGCCGCCUGGCCUGACCCCCCGGAGGAUUCUGCAGCAGCGACGGAGCCCCCGUCCCCGUCCGUCACGCCGGCCCCCACCACCUCCGCCCCCUCGGCCCCUCCCGCCCGGGGCCACGCUGUGGUGGGGGGCGUCAGGGCGCUGCUCCCGGCCUCGGCCAGCCCCAGCCCGGCCCCGGGCGAAGGGGCGCAGCCGCGCCGUCGGCGAGACGACCGCUGGCUGCUGGUGGCGCUGCUGGUGCCCUUGUGCGUCCUGGGGGUGAUCAUGCUGGCCCUGGGCAUCGUCUACUGCACCCGCUGCGGGGCUCAGGCCAAGAGCCGCAGCAUCACCCAGUGCUACCGCUGGGUCAGCAGCGGCUCGGCCGCCAAGGGGGGCGCCCCCACGGCCCCCAGGCCCGCCCCGACGGCCACUUGCCGAACCAGCGUCUGA